AUGCGUAAAAGUUAUAAAAGCAUAAGGGCUUAUAUAGAAAAUUUCUUAGUCGGUGAAGUCCACCACAGUCCCCCGUCAAUAAACCCUGAACCUUUCUCCCCGGAAAUUCAAAAUCAGUUUCAUCGUUACCACUUCCCCCACUCACGAAGAUCGUCGCCGUUCGCGGAUUAUGCUGUAGGCAUCCCUUUGUUCGAUUUGACCAUGGUUACUUCGAGGGAUGUCCAUGAGGUCGUCUCCAAGCUUUCGUCGGAUAAAGCCAAGACUCGCGAAGAUGGACUCAAGUUAUUGAACACAUGGCUCGAAGGAGAAAGGUCAAUUAUCUUUUGUAGAUUUCUUUCGCAAAAUACAGCAAAGCUUAAGUUGGACGAGAUUCCAAAUGCUGAAACGUGGCCCUUUUUGGUUAAAAUUCUCCUUCAAUGUGUGUCUAUGGAGGUGUCAGGUAGUAAGCGACGGUUGCCCAAGCCAACUUUUGCAAAGACGCUUCGAGUUGUUAUUCAGAGAGCAGAGGAAACCAAGUUUCCUGGUGUACUAUUUCCUUUGCUAUCUAUGGCUAAAACCCUCUUUACACAUGUACAUGAUAUUUUGAGCAGUACACCUAGUUUUCAGUCAGACUAUGGGACCAUACUCCGCCAUCUAUUGGAAGUUAGGGAGUACCGUUUCCAAAUGAGGAAGCGUACAUAUUCCAGUUUGGUGCUGCUAUAUAUAGAAAGGGCUGAAGCAGGGUUUUGCGAGAAAAACAAUGGUCAACAUAGCCAGAAGGAGGAGGCUUUUCGUUAUAUUCUUACACUUCAGUCACUUCUAGAUAACACUCCGGGAGAUUUCCCUGAUGACCUUCGAGGGGAAAUUGUGAAUGGCUUCAUUCACAUCUUCUCUUCUGUAAGAGAUGAGGGAAAGCUCUCACGCAAGCUUAUCGAAUGUGUAAAUUCGUUCUUGCUGAAGGAUGGUCCCAAUAUAGGCUCCUUAUCAUUGGAAAUUCAUAAUGCGGUUCAACAGUUUGUGUUCCGUUGCUGGUUAACAACCCAUGAUAAGAACCUUAAGGAGAUACUUACUUCUUAUGGAAGGCUUCAGCUAAAUUUGACAAGGGGUUCUAGUGAAUCUAGUUCUUUGGUGGAACAACUUUUGGACGUGGUUACUCGUGAACUAGAUCUUGGUAGUUCAUCAAGUUCUGCAUCAUGGGGUGAUUCAACCAAGGAUGAUAAGUUUGGGACAUUGAGCAGCUAUCAAAGUAGCUUGGUUGAGUUGGCUGCACAUGUGCUCUAUCGGGCAGUUGUCAAUACUACUAGACCAUCACUGUCAGAGAAACGAGCUCGAAGACAACAUAUUGCAUUGCGUCUGGUAGAAGCACUUACUGAAGGAAAAUGGCUGUGGUGUGCUGCUUUUGGUUGUCUAGUUCGGACUUAUUGUACUCGCAUCAACAAGGAUCUCCUUAUUUACUGGUUUGAAGCCAUCUGCACAAACUUUCAGAGACUUCUGGAGGAUGCCAGUAAGAGACGUUCUUAUGAUGGUCUAUUAUGGACUUUGAGGAGUUUGCAAGGGCUCUCUUCUAGUUUGUUACUUCCAGAUACUACUAUGGACGUAUCAAAAUCAUCUGUUUCCUCAAGUGAGCUAGAUCGUGGUUGGCAAUUGAUCUGGAGUUCUUUAAUCCAUGGACUAGCAACAUUCAGCAGCAUGAGUGUAAUUGUUGAUGCUGUCUUGGUGCUCCUUGGAUCAAUCAUUUCAAGCAACCAUAUAAACGUAGGGAUUCUGCCUCAAGAAGUGUGGGAUCACCAAUUAUUCAGACACAUACCCUCUGAGCCGGCCUUGUACUUCAUUGCAUGUUACUUUUCACGUAUGGGUUGCCAGGGGAACCUGCAAGAUGAUUUACAUCUUCGACGCAAUCUUCUUAGGGCAGUUUGUGGCCCCCUUAGCUGGAAGGGUCGUUUGACACUGAAUGAGAGAAUGGUUCGGCUUCUACCAGCAGCUGCUUUUUCCCUAUGUGCUGGUUUCACAUCUUCACUUCCAUUACCUAAGGAACAUCUCCCAACACCAUCUGAAUGGGAUGCCUGUGAAGUGGUGAAUGAUGUUGUGAAGAUGGAUGAUGUUGAACAAGAAAGAAAUUUUGGACUCUUUGAAUGCUCUGUGGAGGUUCUAACAAGAGUCUGCUCGAAUUCUAGCAAGAUCUCUAGUUGCCGAGUUCCCGAUGGAGUACAAUUACCUCUGGUAUUAAGAGAUCCAUUGCUUCAUGACAUGGAAAUCUAUUUUCUUAGCAUUACCCCAGAGGACAGUGAGAAAGGACCACUGUCUGACAUCUUUAUGGGAUGUUCUCUGUUGUGUCAUUUUAUGCAUGGUUCGUAUAUCACAAGGAAGGGUAAAGGAAGCACUUCGUUCUUCUUAAAAGCAUGCCAGUAUUUGUUAGAAAGCCUGGACUAUGCUGUUGAAGCAGUUUUAAAGAGCCUCAACGAUUUUCAAAGGCUUGGUCCCUUGGGGUUUGGCUCAGAUUUUAAUGAGAAAAGUUCUAUAAUAAUUUCGUUGAGGUCUCUUACUAGUUCUCCUGUCUUCAGCAACAGAGGAGACCAAAAUCUUCUUGGCACUAGUUAUGAUGCUGUCUUUCAGUCCUUAGAGAAUCUUUUGCGGUCUUUUGCUAAAGUUUACGGAGAAUAUACUGAGCAUUCGUGGAAUUCCAAUACCCAUUCUGACUCUGCACCUUCAAAAUCGUUAGCACUUGAUUCCCCAGAAGUUGGCAGGAUUGUGGAUAUGGAUUUGGAUUUAGCUGAAGACACUAAAGAGAUCGAUCUUAUAACUGCUGGUGGAAAAGCUGUUCCCGGCGUGCCCGUUUCUACGGGGUACUGGAAGUUGGGCAUGAUAUCACUUAUCUCAUGUUUUUCUCCAGUACUUCAGUCUUCUACAUGGGAUGUUCUAUAUAAUAUUAUGGAGAAGGAAUGUGAUCCUAAGGUGUUGGAGAAUAUACUCUAUCAUCUAUGCCAGCUUUCAUACUUGACUACUAUGCCAAAGGUUAAUGAUUUGGUUGUUUUCUUGGAUGACAUGCUUAACACACAAGUGAAGAGCAAGCGUAACUGUCUCAAUAUAGUCACUGCUCUGCAUGUUCUACUUCGAAAUUUAUCGUCUUCGGGUAUGGGUUUUUCUGGACUCAGAACAAACUGGGAUUUGUCUUUAAUAGAAGGAGAAAGUUGUCAGGUCUUUGUCCAACUUGGCGCAAUGGUGAAUAAAGUUUCUGAGUUUGGUCUCUUGGGCUGGUUUGGGCGUGUGAGGCUUAUCAACUGUAUAUGUGAUUUUGUCUUGCUUAAUCCUCAGAUUGGUCAGACAAUGAUUGAGCGACUUUUAUUAAUGCUAAAUGACUCUGAUUAUCGGGUGAGGUUUGUCCUGGCAAGACAAAUUGGGCUUUUAUUCCAGACAUGGGAUGGUCAUGAGGCAUUGUUCCAAGAUAUUUGCUCCAGCUUUGGUAUUAUAUUGGUAACCUCCUCAAGGGAAAAACUUGUCACUGCAAGGGAUGUCCUGGCUGCUGGUCCUCAGCCUCGCCCAAAAAUGGAGACUGUCAUCAUUACUCUUAUGCACCUUGCUUAUCACAGUGAGAACAUAGAGUUGCAAGCUGUUUUUAUGAUGUGCGCUAUUUCAGCUAUAGAUCCCUGUCAGAGGGAAUUAAUCAUUGCUGCACUUGACAAUCUAUCAACACAACUCCACUACCCAUCUAGGUUCAAGUACCUGGAGGAACUUUUGGGCCCAAUCCUCUUUUCCUGGAUUGCAUGUGGUGUCAGUUUAGCUGCUCUUGUUGAGACAAGUCAGCUGUUCAUUCUAAAUGCUGAACCGAAAUAUUUCAUCCACUAUUGUUCCCAUUGGCUACUCCCAGCUCUUCUGCUGCAUGAAGAUCAUACUAACCUUGACUGGGUAGCUAAGAUGGCUGGCCAACCGGUGGCUGUCUUGGUCAAAGAAAAUUUUGUGCCAAUCUUUUCAAUAUGUAUGGGAUUGCACUGUAGUAAAACAUCCGAAUGUGAUAAAGGUGCGAUGGUGCUUCAGAAUUCAAUAUUGUACGUGGGCGAGAUCAGCGAGAACGAGAGGGAUAAGCUCAUUAAACGGAGUAUGGUGUCUAUUGUUAGUUUUGUUUUAUCACGUGCUUCGUCUUCACCAGAACCUCCAGUUCCUGCUUUUUCUCGUGACGCCAUUUCACGUGCAGUUCGAACAAUUGUGGAUGGUUUUCUGGAAACCGAUAAUUAUCCUAAGAAUGCAGCCGUCAUUGACAGGAUUAACGUUUUUCGCCCAGAUAGGGUGUUCAUGUUCACUACAGAAAUACAUUACAGAAUGUCAACCGCAUGCCAUCAUCGGCAUACCCGUCAUCAUUUGGCCGCUCUUGAAGAGCUUACAAUUAUUCUUGGUCAUAGAGCUUCAGUUCCAAGUUCCUUAAAUUAUAUAUUCAAUCUUGUUGGACAAUUUAUCGGCUCUCCCUCAUUACAAGACCAGUGUUGUAGUAUAGCUUCCUGUUUGCUGGAUUCAUUCAAAAACAAUCCGGCCAAAGAAAUUGUUAGUGUACUAGGUGACCAGCUCCAGUUUUUGGUCUCAAAGCUAGUUACAUGCUGUAUCGAUGCUGAAGCAGACUCCAAAGUUUCUGGUUCUAAGUCAGCUCAACUCGUAAAUUUGUUACACAAGCUAAUUGUUGAUUCAGAGUCUUCGCUCGAUGAAGAUAUCAGAGACUUAGAACCAUUGCCCGAUAUUAAAUUUUUUCAAGGCAUUCGUAAUUCACACAUCAGGAUUUGCGAAGCCUAUUCUCCGAGGAAUCAUCUGUUGAAGUGUGCUAGAAGAUCUUGUUAUCUUCCUCCAAGAUUCCUUUCCGGGAGUCUCCAAGCACUGCACAACAAGCUCAUAGCUACUGAAGCUUGUCGAGAAAAGACAAAUGUAGAAACUGGAGAUACUUUUUGGCAUUCUGACGAGGAAAUUGUAAAUGCUGUUUGGACUCUUGUCCGUGUGUCUGCCUCAGAUGAAGCAGAUAGUAUGAGAUUGUUGGUGUCGGAUUUUCUUUCCAGGGUUGGUAUUGGGGACCCCCACACUGUUGUUUUCCAUCUUCCUGGGGAGUUGGGCUCCAUGCAUGAUCUUCAGUUUGCUGGCCAAAAUACUGGGUCAAAAGUCAGAUCUUUUACUGAGAAUGGCAUAUCCGAUGAAACCCUUAUCGUACUGCUGAAAAUUCUUAAGAAGUAUCUUUUGGAUGACUCUGUAAAGAUUAUUGAUGUAACGUCUCAAACCCUUCGGGGAAUUCUUUCAACCGAAAGGGGGCAGCAAGCAUUAUCAUCUAUCGAUUCUUGUGAGAGAUCUUUGAUUGAGAUACAUGGCAGGGGGGUGAACCUUGACAUUGUUGAAAAGAUCUUACUGGAUAGCCAAAAGCAGUUCAAAGCUGAGAGCUUUUCACUGGAGAGGUCUGAAGUGUGGUCCACAGAUAAUAAAAAUUUUGACAGAUGGAUUUGUCAGCUUGUGUACUGUAUGAUCGCUUUAUGUGACGAUGUCCCAUUAAGGUUAUGCCAGAACAUAGCAAUGCUGAAAGCUGAAAUCUCUGAGCUUCUAUUUCCAAGUGUUAUUGUUAGUCUUGCAGGAAGGAUAGGGACAGAUAUCAAUGUACACGAAUUAAUUACAUCCCAGGUGAAAGAGCAUAUCUUCAUUGAUUCAAACAAGCUAACAAAGUCGAAGCAGAUUAUGUUAAGUACUCUGAAUGAACUGCGGAUGUGUUAUGUCCUGGAACGAUCGAUUUUUUCUGGGCAAACUAAGAGAGAAAAGAACACUAAGCAUUCUAGCUACAAUUCAAGAUCUUCCUCCACGGCUACUAAGAUUAGAGACGUGGAAAUAGCAAGAAAUGGAAUGGCAGCGUCCAUAACCUCAAAUUGGGACAAGGUUUAUUGGCUUUCCAUUGAUUAUCUGGUUGCUGCCAGAUCAGCAGUAGUUUGUGGUGCAUAUUUGACGGCCUCCAUGUACGUGGAGUACUGGUGUGAGGAGAAAUUUGGCAGUCUAAGCCUCGGAGAUCCUGAUUUUUCUUACCAUGAUAUGUUACCGGAUCAUGUUGAGAUACUUGUGUCUGCAAUAACAAGAAUAAACGAGCCUGACAGCUUGUAUGGGGUUAUACAUUCAAACAAGUAUUUUCCUGAUGUGGUAACAUUAGCCCUUUCGUCACCUACUUUGUCUGCCCAAAUAACCACAUUUGAGCAUGAGGGAAACUGGACUAGGGCACUCGAGUACUAUGACUUGCAAGCACGUUCACAGAAAAUGGUGGUGCCUGGUAGCCUUUCUGAAAAUCUAGAGGUGGAACAUAAUCAGCCAACAAUUACUGCAGAACAUUCUGUUUUUGGCGAUGGGGAGGUCCAGAGACAACCUUUCAAAGGGCUCAUUAGGUCGUUGCAGCAGACAGGCUGUAUGCAUGUUCUGGAUCUGUAUUGUCGGGGCUUGACUUCCCGAGAAGGAUGCUUUCAGUAUGAUCCAGAGUUCAUCGAAUUGCAGUAUGAGGCUGCAUGGCGUGCAGGAAAAUGGGAUUUUUCUUUACUUUAUCCACAAUCGCACUCCCCACCUAUGCAACAUGUCAAGAACAAUAACUAUCAUGAAAAUCUGCACUGUUGUUUGAGAGCGCUGCAAGAAGGGGAUUGCAAUGGAUUUUAUGGAAAACUGAAGGAUGCUAAGAAGGAGCUUGUAUUGUCUAUAUCCCGUGCAAGCGAAGAAAGCACUGAAUUUAUAUACUCAACUGUAGUGAAACUUCAGGUCAUCUUAAUCUUGAUUAGUCAGAAUUCUGCAAGAGCUAUUGCAAGCAUCAAGAUCAAGAUGAUUAGUCAAGAGCCUCUGAUGCUUGCAAUUCUUUAUCAUCUUGGAGUAGUUUGGAAUCUUCGCUGGACGACAUCUUCACAUGAAAGUGUGCAUGGCUAUCCAGUCAAACAAAUUGCAUGUGCAGAGCCCUUGACUCCAACAAUAGAGCAGUUGUCUUCGCUGAAUAAAGAUUGGAGCUCUAUUAUUACGCAAACUCAAUUGCACAUGAAUUUGUUGGAGCCGUUUAUCGCAUUUAGGCGAGUUCUCCUCCAAAUCAUGGGAUGUGAGGAAUGUACCAUGCAACAUCUUUUGCAGUCUGCUUCGCUGCUUCGCAAGGGAUCAAGGUUUUCUCAUGCAGCUGCGGCUCUGCAUGAGUUCAAGUUUCUUUGUUCAAGAAGUGAUGGACGACAACUCGUUCCAGAUUGGCUUGGAAGGAUUGAAGAGGCGAAGCUAUUACAUGCUCAAGGGCGGCAUGAAGUUGCCAUCAGUCUGGCAAGCUACAUCUUAGGAAAUUAUCAAUUAAAAGAAGAGGCUUCAGAUAUAUAUCGUGUGAUUGGAAAAUGGCUAGCGGAAACCAGAUCUAGCAACUCUAGAACAAUUUUAGAGAAGUAUCUCAAGCCUGCAGUUUCGCUUGCCAAGAAACAGAGUUCCGAGAUAUGCAAAAGGUUGGUAGAAAGACAGAGCCAGACUUGGUUUCAUCUGGCUCAUUAUGCAGAUGCUCUAUUUAAGAGUUAUGAGGAAAGACUCUCCUCCAGUGAAUGGCAAGCUGCAUUGCGGCUACGAAAACACAAGACGAAAGAGUUGGAGGUGCUUGUUAAACGGUUUAAGAGUUCAAAGAAGGCAAGUUGUACUUUACCUCCGUUUGGGGAACAAUCUGACUACUCGCUGAAGAUUCAAGAUCUACAGAAGCAACUAACAAUGGACAAAGAAGAGGCAGAAAAACUGCAGAUUGACAGGGAUAACUUUCUGAAACUUUCGUUGGAGGGGUAUCAACGUUGUCUGGAAAUUGGUGACAAGUAUGAUGUCCGAGUGGUCUUUCGACUAGUAUCCAUGUGGUUUAAUCUCGCCUCCCAGAAAAAUGUUAUUGCUAGCAUGUUAAGCACCAUCAAUGAGGUUCAGUCUUACAAAUUUGUACCACUUGUUUAUCAAAUUGCCUCAAGGUUGGGCAGUUCUAGAGAUGAAUCAGGAUCUAACAGCUUUCAGUCUGCUCUGGUUUCACUUGUCAGGAAAAUGGCCAUUGAUCAUCCAUACCAUACUAUCUUUCAGCUUCUGGCUUUGGCAAACGGUGACCGAAUCAAGGAUAACCAACGCAGUAGAAAUUCUUUCGUGGUUGAUAUGGAUAAAAAGCUUGCAGCAGAGCAUCUCUUGCAGGAUGUAUCACAGUAUCAUGGGCCUAUGAUUAGACAAAUGAAACAACUGGUAGAUAUUUACAUCAAGCUUGCAGAGCUUGAGACGAGGAGAGAGGAUACCAAUAAAAGGGUAGCACUACCGAGAGAAAUUCGUAGUGUGAAGCAAUUGGAACUUGUACCUGUAGUGACUGCUACAAUUCCUGUUGAUCGCAGCUGCCAGUACAAGGAAGGGUGGUUCCCUUUUUUCAGAGGUUUAUCCGAUUCUGUUACAGUGAUGAAUGGUAUUAAUGCUCCAAAAGUAGUUGAAUGCUUUGGCUCUGAUGGCCGAAAAUAUAAGCAACUUGCAAAAUCGGGCAAUGAUGACCUCAGACAAGAUGCUGUUAUGGAACAAUUUUUUGGGCUCGUCAAUACCUUUCUACAUAAUAACCGGGACACAUGGAAGAGAAGAUUAGCCGUACGCACAUACAAGGUUAUUCCUUUUACUCCAAGCGCUGGUGUUCUUGAGUGGGUUGAUGGCACAAUUCCACUUGGAGAUUAUCUUAUAGGAAGUUCAAGGAGUGAGGGCGCUCAUGGUCGUUAUGGCAUUGGAAACUGGAAAUAUCCUAAAUGCCGAGAACAUAUGUCGAGUGCAAAGGACAAGCGCAAAGCCUUCAUGGAUGUCUGCACAAACUUCAGGCCUGUCAUGCAUUACUUUUUCCUGGAAAAAUUCCUGCAGCCUGCUGACUGGUUUGUGAAGAGGCUUGCGUAUACACGUAGUGUUGCAGCUAGUUCAAUGGUUGGGUACAUCGUUGGUCUUGGUGACCGUCAUGCCAUGAAUAUAUUAAUCGAUCAAGCCACAGCAGAAGUUAUUCACAUAGAUCUUGGAGUUGCUUUUGAACAAGGAUUAAUGCUCAAGACUCCUGAACGGGUCCCUUUCAGGCUGACAAGAGACAUAAUUGAUGGAAUGGGUAUCACAGGAGUGGAAGGCGUUUUCAGGAAAUGUUGUGAAGAAACCCUGUCUGUGAUGCGAACAAAUAAAGAGGCGCUGCUGACAAUUGUUGAAGUUUUUAUACAUGAUCCUCUGUACAAAUGGGCAUUGUCCCCCUUAAAGGCUUUGCAAAGACAGAAGGAAAGUGAAGAUGAUGAUGGCAUGAACUUGGAAGGAUUACAAGAGGAAUUCGAAGGUAACAAGGAUGCUGCACGUGCCUUGAUGCGUGUCAAGCAAAAACUCGAUGGCUAUGAGGGUGGUGAGAUGAGAAGCAUUCAUGGCCAGGCACAGCAACUGAUACAAGAUGCAAUUGACACAGAUCGUUUAUCACAUAUGUUCCCUGGCUGGGGAGCAUGGAUGUAACUCUAUCAAACCUUCUUCUACAUUUUCUUCCAAUAUUUGGUCUGUAGAUAUAGAGAUCUUUAUGUAAAGUUCAAAAUACUUUAGCUGCCAAAUUUUGUAUAACUCAUGAAGGUGUAGGGAGCAUUCUAAUAUUUGUAUCGUCGUGUGUAUCUUUGAAUUGGCGAUACACUUAUACAAUAGGAAGUAUUCACAAUUCCAAAUCCAUACUCGGAAAACAUAACCACAUUCAAAGAUUAUCGCCAAUUGCAGGAAAAAUGCUUUGAA